AUUGCGUCAUUAUCGGUAAUCAACACGUCAAACGAGCGGUUUCCAUUUUUUCAAAGAAAAAAGCCAACUCGUGUUACGGAAAUGCACUCGUGAUCGAGAUUUUAGAAGUAGCGCGUAAAACGCAGUUGAGAGUUGAAAAGUGAACGGCGAGUGAAACAAUUUGUGUACACACGAACAUUUUCCCCAUCUUACGAGGAACAACAAUUAAUUGUAAUGCAAUUACACGCGGAACGUUGUAAUUGCGUGGUUUAUCGGCCGAACCAUAAGUUCGUGUGUGACGACAAUUUUUCGAGUUUUACUGGCUGCCACUGUUUCCUGGUCUCUCUUCUAAAUAUAUAGCAAUUCUUUACCAAACGAUUGCAAAUAGAAAAAAAGUGGAACAUUCUACUUUCACGUUCGACAAAGGAUCUCGCGCGAAUGUUUUCUCUAUGAUUUAUCUUUAUUGAAAACGGUGAAAUGACUACGACAGUCCUCUCGCUGAAACGUGGCGUAUUAAAAUGCGCGUUUAGAAGUUCCGUUCUGUGGACUCAUUCAUUUAACACAUACAGAUAAAAAGUGAAUAGUCAGAUACCUGCAAAUCAUUAGAACAAUAUUUUCUACUUUCUUUUUGAAGCAUGCGAAUUCGUGAGAAUCCGGUACACGGUCAUUCUUGGAUUUCCAUAGCGAUUGUGCCCGAAAUUAGGAACGAUUUCUGUGAAAAAAUGCCUCUUCACUCUUACCAUAGUAAUAUGUUCACACCAUAAAAGAAAAUUCAAAGUGAUAAAUUCUUGUGUUUUGAACGUUUUCCAACUUCCAUGUUUGAAUGGCAUCACAAGGAUAUUUUUAUGUUCGAUCCCACAACGCGGAUUAGCGCUCGGAGAACGAUAAGCUGUGCCAGAGACGACAAAGUGCGUGCAAAAGUGCAACAGUCUUCGAAUUCAAGGCGUAAACAUAAAUAGGCAGAACGGAAAAAAGAUGCUUCAAUUGCGGGUGAUCGUUGUUCUGCUGGUUCCGAUGUGCGUUUCGUUGUCAGUUGGCAGAGCCUCUUCACUGUAUGCAAGCAGAGAAGAACAUCUAAGCAAAGUGGACAUCGGAAACCUGAAGGAACCGACCGAUAUUUUGAGUAAUAGCAGUAGCAAAGCGACCACCUCAUCGAUAAAGGCGGCAGAAGAUAAUACGGGUAUAAAAACAGCGAACGAAACCAGUAAUUCUACAUUAACUAAUACAGCUAAUGCGACUGUAAAUACGCCGGUAGAAAAAACAAUUGACGAGAAGAAGGAAGAUAAUGAGAAGCUAAAUAAUAGCAAGCAAAAUAAUGAGAAGCUAAAUAGUGACAAGCAAAAUAGUGAAAAGCUAAAUAAUGAAGAGCAAAGUAGUGAGAAGCUAAAUAAAGAACAGGUAAAUAACAAAACGCGAAGUAACGAGAAGCAAAAUAGUGAAGAGCAAAAUGAUAAAAAAGAAAACUGUACUUCUACGAAAGAAGCAGAGGACAUGCUUUACUGUAAUAAGCAUCCACGGGAUGAUGAUGGUGAUUCGUUAAAUGCUACAGAAUCCACGAUAACUAAUACGACUACUGCGAAUAAUAAGACUGGAUCCACUACGGAGCCUCAGGUAUCGGAAGUUAUACCUCAUGAGAAAGAAAAAGGUGACGCGAAAGACGGGGAAAUCAAUGGAAAUAAUACGCAGAGUACAACUGAAGUACAUUACGCUAUUGUACCUUCUGACACAAAUCACACUAUCAAUACCAAUAAUUCUGAUAUUCUGAAUUCGACGGAUUCGAAAGAUAGUACUAAUACUACUGAAACAUCGCAUGAAGUAAAUAAGAUUGAGGGUAUAAAUUCUGAAGUUAUUGAGGCUGUGAAAUCUGAUCAGAGUAACAGUAAACAUAUGUCUUCGGGAAUCAUAGCACUAGUUACUGCGAUCAGUUUUGCUGUAGUAAUUGCAUUGGCAUAUAUUGGAAUGAUCGUUUGGAGGCGGUACAUCGAAUAUAGAUAUGGACACCGGGAGUUACUUGUUAAUGAACUAGAAUUUGAUACUAACGAUUUGCGUCAUUUUGAGCUGUGAUUUCAACGAAAGUAGUAAUCUGCAGGGAAGAAAAACCGAAUGAUUCACAGCUAAGGCUGAUAUUAUGUAAAUAUUGAAGAUUCAUUGAUCUGUGAUACUAAGGACAUGCAUUGUGCCUGACAGUCAAGACACCAAAUAUAUUUGGAUAAUAUUAUACAGUUCUUGGGAUGUAAUUGUUUUAUAUACGCUAUGUAUACAAUCCAUCUUUUUCAACACGUUGAUUGUUUUUUCCUUCUCCUGUAGAAAUUAGAAAUAGCGUUACUGUGCUAUCAUGUAUAUUUUUCUGGUGAUAAUGCGAUGCGCAGAUCGUUGAAUAAAUGACGUAGCAUUUUAAGUAUCAACUAAAUGUCUUACAAAUAGUUGAGGGUGCUAGAAUAUCUGUCAGUUUUCUUUGAUAUUACUGUAACGAUAUUCUCUCUUGUUUUGUAGUAUUUGGAACCAUUGAAAAAUGUAUACUAUAAACGAAACUUUUGUAAUGUAAUAUUAUCUUCGUUUUCCACCUGUUUUUGUAAUAUGUGCGACGAACAUGUAAAUAAUUUUAGUUAAAUAAAUAAAUUGGUGGAAUAUUUUUUUUA